AUGCGUUCACUGAACUUAUUGCGAUCAGCUUGUCUUCGGUCAGCCCAUGUGCCGGGUCCAAUCACAACAGCCUCUUUGACCGCAGCGGAGACAAGCUCUGCUGCCGACGGAAUCACGCAUUUCACUGUACCCUCGCCCGAGGCCCACCUUUACGGUCGUCGGAAAUCGAAUAAACGAAAAAAAUUCCGAGGUUUCCAGGCUAGAACUGCAUGUCCACCAGUUGAGGACGGAACUAGACAUUCAGCAAGUCAAGCAACAGACCUCGACCUCCCUCUUGGAAGAAGCUCCAUCGCCCCACCAUUUUUCUAG